AUGAAUUACCAGAGAAGAGCAUUUGGGUUGGAAAACAUUGGGCUUGCAACGACCUUGCGAGCAUAUGCAGCAGAUCCUGACCUUCAACAAGAAUGGAUGAUGGUUAAGAAGGUUAACAAAAUGAGGCUCGCUGAGUACAUUGAAGCAAUGAGUGGCGUGAAGGUUAGUUUAGAUGCAAUGUUUGAUGUGCAUACAAAGCAAAUACACGAGUACAAAAAAGGCAGCUCCUUAAUAUACUUGGCAUUAUCCAUCAAUAUGACUGUAUCGAGCAUCUCAGCUGAAAAACUUGAAGACAUACUUGUUCUUGUUCACUUGGAUAUUCAUAACUGGGUCAAGAUUUUUGCUCAAAAUCUUAAGUAUUUGAAAUUGUCAGGGGAUGAUAUAUGGUUUGGCCAAAGUUUGGGGAAAUCUACGUCUUUAGAAAAAGCCGAUUUAUUUCUGGAAUCUAAUCGCCGUUGCUUUAAAAUAUUGUCUGAGGUUCUCUACAGUAUAAACAAGGUUGAAACUCUUGCUCUAAACAGAGAGACCACCAUGGUUAUAUUCUUUCCCAGCAUGGCAAUAGGGAAUUGUCAGUCUGAAACUUUGUAUAGUACUUUGACAGAUCAAGCUGUCUUCUGUGGAGAUUUCAUGCCACUGCUAUUAGAGAAUGUUUGUUAUUUGUCUAUUCAUGUUGGAAGCUUUCGUGAUAUGCUAGUCCCAGGAAUGGUCUCCACUUUUCAAGGAAUGUGUAAUAUGAGUACUUUGGAAAUAAAGUCUGACCCAGAAUUCUUUGAACCUAAAGUCUUACCUCUCACCAACACCAAGCUUUCCUUCUUACUUUUGAACGUCUUGUUUCCCUGCAGCAUUUGGGUUGGAAUAAAGCGUGGGACAUUGCUUGCAACUGCCUUGCGAGCAUAUGCAGCAGAUCCUGACCUUCAACAAGAAUGGAUGAUGGUUAAGAAGGUUAACAAAAUGAGGCUCGCUGAGUACAUUGAAGCAAUGAGUGGCGUGAAGGUUUUGGUCACAAGUUCUCAGAACUUCUAUCCCCUUCAUCUUUUCUCUUUUGUCUUGAAGGUUAGUUUAGAUGCAAUGUUUGAUGUGCAUACAAAGCAAAUACUCGAGUACAAAAAAGGCAGCUGCUUAAUAUACUUGGCAUUAUCCAUCAAUAUGACACUAUUGAGAAUUACCUCAUACCUUCUAAAAGGAGCCAUCACCAUCCUCCAGCACUGUGCACACCUAGUUCAUCUUCUUGUCACGCCCUAA